AUGGAUUCAUCAAUAAAAGGACUAAAUGUAUGUGUGAUAGGUUAAAAAUCAUCUGGCAAAAGCUCUCUUUGCUACGGAAUUUCAAACGACUAUUACUAUUUAAAAAAGGAUAAACCUUUCUAUAAGUACUAAUCAUUAUUUGAUCAAAAGGUUAAAUGGAAGGAUGCUAUGGAUGAAGAGUACAACUUGAUCGAUACUUAAAGAUUUGACGAAUCUUUAGAUUAUACUCAACUAAAAACUGUGAUGGAUGAGCUAAAACUAUUGUCAAAUGAGCCGAUUUUUAUAAUUGUGUAUGAUGCCUCUAAAUCAUAUAAACCCUAUAUUCUAGAUUAAAUGCUGAGAAUAUUUGUAGCUAUCUAUGGCCUAGAUUUUUUUAAGAGAGUAUUAUUUGUUGCAAAUAAAGCUGCUUUUAACUAAAAUAAUUACAAGAUCUUUAAGCAUAACUAUGAUACUCAUAUCGAGCAAGGAUUUCUUGAACAUAUAAAUGAAUAUGUGAGAGAUUAAUACGGAUUUAACACUGAUCAGUAUCCAAUUGACUGUGUUACAAUAUUUUUAACUGAUGAGGUAACUUAAGGUGAUAGAGUUUCAAUUUUUUAAGAAAGUGAUUAUUGCCCACUAAAUUAUUCAAAACUUGAAAAAAUAUACUAAAAUCUAUAAAAACUAAUAGUUAAAUUGAAUAAAAGAACGAAAAUUGAUCCUCUAAAGUAUCAAUUGUGGAAGUUCAAGAAGGUAUUUGAUAAAAAUUAGAAAAUUAAAAUUAACGUUAAAUAAAAAAAGGUUCUAGGAAUUACAUCAGGAUAAACAUCUGCUGAAUAAUAUAAAAAAGAUCUAACAAAAACAACUCAAAUUGAUGAGAAGAGAAAUAAAUUUAUUGAUUUCCUGAUUAUCUUUAUAGUAUUUUAUAUACUCAGACAAUUUCCUUGA